AUUAAUGGAUGAUGUUCUCCACGUAACUGUUUGUGGUUUUCUCGUCAGUAGAAUCAAGGUGGGAUACUCUGUUGAGUAACUGGGCAGCAACCGCAUCUUCAUAUAGAAGGAAAUGAUUCCUAUUUCUUCAAUAUUUAUGCAGAUUUCAGAAGAAUUAAGGGUUCUUGCUGCUUAAAACAGCAGAUAUGAUCCUUGAUUUGACUGUAAAUACUAAAGAAAGUGUCUGAUAUGAAAAGUAAAAACUGGAUGAUGUGGAACUGCAUGGUGACAUGGCUGGGAAAAAUGACUUGGCGUGCUGCAGGAAUUAUGUUUAUUUUUGUUGUUGUGUCGUUGCUGAUGACUUUUUACGUUUUCAGCAACAUGCAUAUGAAGCACCAACCGUGGUAUAGCUUCCCAUCUCCUUGCCAUCUAGAUUCUACAACUGAGUCUGACAUGGUGUAUCUGGUACACAAAAUAGAUGAAGUUUUUCGUGAGCUGCAUGUGCCUUAUGUUUUGUGCUAUGGCACGUUGUGGGGAGCUCUCCGACAAGGCGCAAUUUUGCCUUGGGACAAUAACAUAGAUGUAUGUACUCUUCACUCUGAAUUCACUAAAGUUUCAUUCUCUAUGGUUCAGGAAACAUUUCAACAGCAUGGAGUGACAUUUAAGGGUCAUUUUGGUGGUGGAGAGUAUCAUUUAACAUUUAACAGUGCUUCUGGAACACUGCAUCUAUGGACAGUGUCUGCAGAUGGAGAAUUUGCAUAUCCGAGUGGCUGGUUUAGUUCUUUACAAAGAAUGUUAGGUAAUACACAGCCUUUUGUGCCAGCUCACUUGUUGGAGGCCCCACUGCAGUCCAUACUGUUUCAUGGCAAGAACAUGCUAGUACCACAUGAAAACAUUGAGAUGCUGAAGUAUCUUUAUCCAGACAACUGGUGGCUUGAGGUCAAGCCUCCUGGCUGUUAGUUUUGUAAUAACAUAAAGCCGGAUGCCUUUGAUCAACAUUUACAUUGCAAAGUGCCUUCAGUCAACGGUGACUUAAUACUCGUAAUAAUUGGAGGAGGUAUCUCAUGAGGAAAAUCAUUGUUUCACCACAUUUUAUUGCUAUUGAAGAUAGUUUGUCAGCUAUCAUUUAAAAAGUGUGUAUUUUGGGCUAGAGGAAGGAGUACUUAGGUAUGAAGCAUUUAAUAAUUUCUAUAGACUUUGUAGGUUUGUAUUCUUAAAAUUCAGCAUACAUCAACAAAACAUGUUUAGGAGUUUAUAAUUUUAAAUAGAAAAAUUUGUAAUCUGAUGUUCACUUUCCUGUCGGUCACAGCGAAAGUCUAAAAUUGCAAGACUAAGAGGAGGAUGCAAAAUUUCAGAAAUUCUAGCAACAAGAAAAUCAAAAACUAAUGAUUAACUAUAAGCUGUAUGAUAAUGAAAAUAUUUUAGACUUUUCAUGCAAUAUAGAAGUAACUGGAAGAAAAUCUGUUAGAAGACUUGCUGUACAGUUUUCAAAGUUGUUUUUCUCAGAACCAAAAUUUGCUUCAGCAAUGAUAUUGGAAAGCAAACGAAAACACUUCAAAUAUAUAUUGCAUCCUCCAGAUUUGUAAAGUGUAAAAUUCAUGUUCAGUUAGAUACAUAGCAAAUGACUGUAUGAUAGCUUGCUUAUUGUGGAAGAAUAAUUUACCUUCUGCCAUUCCAACUCAUUUUUGUCACUGCUCAAAUUUGUAAAACAGUCAUUGUAACUUACAAUCAUGGUUUCACUCAGUAAAGUAUUAGUAUGUUCAGAAUAUACUAUAAGUUAUACAUACCAAAUUUCAAGCUUAUCUAUAAUGAUAAGAAAGUUUAAAAAGUGUACAUGGUCCCAGUUAGUGAUGGCAGAAUUUCUGUUUUUCAUAAAGAAAAUCACCGACAUCACUAUCCCAUAAAUCUUUUCCUUGUAUGCAUUUUUUCAUGCAUUUCAAACAUUUUUUCUCCUUGUCAAUUAACAGAGUAUGUCAAAUUUCUGUUGAGUAAUAUGUCCAUCUGAAGACAAUGCAGGCAUUAUAUUUGUGUUUGCCAAUGACCUGAUAUAUUCAAAUACUAAUAGACACCGUAGAGUAACUACAUUUUUCUUGGAAACAUAAAGGUGAGAAUAAAGUUAAUGGUCAUUUCUAGGUGCCAUUUAAGUUUGCUUUGAGUUAAUAGUGUUGGCCUAAAUCUUAUUGACUUAUCAUUCAGAAUGAAAAAUUUGUUCACUUGUGAGCAUUGUACUUUGUAGAAGGAAUACAAACCUUUACAUUCACUUUAAAAAGUAUGACACUGGAGCUUUCUUUAAACUUAAAGAUUGACAUGCCUCCCCUCUAAACAGCUUGAUUAUGAUUAUGUCAUUGUUAGUAAAUCUGUAUGUCUUUUUUAGGGUAACAUUUCAAGUCUAUUACGAUUACAUUUCAAUACAUUCGUGACCGUAAGUCCCUUCGGAUCUUUGUGAUAUCAGAGGUUUUCUUAUUCCACGCUUUAUUUCUGAGAUUUAAAAAAAAUGUAUGUUAUGACCCUUUUUUUUUUUAAAGGGUGGCUACAAUUUGUUUGGGUAAAUAUGCCUAUGACACUGUCAGCUCAUUCAGAUUUAUAAUAAUAAAGGGAAUUUAUGUUGUGCAUUAUUAAUCCUUCCCAUCAAAAACUAGCUCAAAGUGCUUCACAAAAAAAAAAAGAUAUAAACACAGACAUAAUAAUAAUGGUAUCAAAACAAAGAACAUGUUGAGAAGGUGAAUGCCAUUAAAUAUGUGCUGACUUCCAGUGGGUUAUACAUUGGUUAUCACAUUGUCAUACCAGUUAUAUUUUGACUUUAAAACUAAAGUGCAAAUACAGGCAACCUGACAGAAGUAUGCUUUUGCAGUUAUGUUUUGACUAAAUGUGUGACUUGAAGCAUCAUGACUAUACUAUGAAAGGAUGGGGCUAAUGGUUGUAUAUGCUAUGUUUGUUUAUUUUCAAAAUUUGCACACAUACACAUGUAUAAACAUAUUUUACAUAGUCUAUUUUGAAGAUAUGGCUCAUUCAGUAUUUAUUGCCCAGCAUAGGAUGAAGACAUGUUUGAACUGAAGGGAGCACUAGUGUGUGCAGUUUUAUUUUAAGGUUUUUUUUUUUACCCCAUGAUUGGAAAAAUGAGUGCAUGUCAUAGUUCAUGCAUUAUGUUAUGUCUUAAGUUUGAUAUCGAUUUUAUGUUGAGGUGAGCUAAUAUUUUUUAGGUGAUGACAGUCAAAAAAAAGUAUGUAGGUUUUUCCAAAGGGUAAUUUUAUUUGCUAUCUUGAAAGUAUUCUGCAAGGUCUUUGACUGGAGAAACAACUAAGAAACUUGGAUGCUGCCAGAUAAAAGCAAAGAUGUGAAUGUUGUUUGGGUUGAACAAUUAAACUAGCAUGACAGUUGUUAUCCUUAAUACUCUUUGUGAUCUCAUUUUCAUUCAGUGUACUGGAAACUUGUCACAGUACCUGGCCUUCUGUGUGACUAUGCAUUUGUGUUUGUAUGUUCUAUGAUUUUUAAUUUAUCAUGUCAAUUUAAAGAACACCUUACUGUUGUAAGGACACAUCCUUUUUCUUCACUCAAGUAGUUCAUGCUAAUGCAUACUUUUUUUUUAAGUAGAGUGACUAUUUACAAUAUUGCUAUGCAUUUUAGUAGGUAUGCACUGAAAUGGCUUUUUGUUUAUUGAACUAAUAAUAUUAAUAGUGAUAAUGGGCAUAAUAUACUGCUCAAAACAAUGGAAAGGCCAGUUGUAUAAUCAGUUUCGUGCCAAUUAACACAGACAAUAUUGAUUCUUUAUUCAGUAAAUGAAACCUUAUUAGCCAAUUUAAUUCAAACACAUUUUAACAACAAGAAUUUGAGCUUGGACCCUUGUUUUCAAAUUCAGGAAAGUGAUGACAGAGAAAAAGAAAGCAUCAUCAUAUGUGAAUGCCUGAAUGCACGCAAGGCACCAUUGUCUUAAGGAAUAAACCAAUAUUCUCAGAGUUCUUUGAGGAAUCGCUUGCCGCUCUUGCUGAAGAAACUGGUACAGCUGAUCGAGGUCAACUGCUAGGGAAUGGUUGGCUCUAAGUCGCUGGCACAGAUGUUCAAUGGGAUUCAGAUCUGGGGAACAGGCCUGUCAGUCCGUGUGGCUGACUUGUUGCUGCUCAUUGACGACCCUGGCCGUUUGUGGUCUGCCGUUGUCCUGAACAACGGGGCUUGGUCCAAUGGCCUGCAUAACCUAAAGCUUCAAAAUGUUAUCACUGCAUGUCAUGCCUGUCAGGUUGCCUUGCACCAGAGGGAAGUUCUGUAUGCUAUCCCCCGUCCCACCCCACAUCAUGAUGGAUCCACCACCAUAGCGAUUAUGCUCCACCACAGUGGGAUCGUGGUAAUGCUCUCCCUGUUGUCUCCAGACAGAAUGGUUCAUCGUGGGUGGAAGGACUUGGCAAAGCGAGAUUCGUCAGUGAAGACAACUGUGGCCACUGUUACCUUGUCCAUGUCAGAUAGUGUUGUACCCAUGCAAGACGAGCAGUGCAGUGUGCAUGUGUCAGGACAGGGCGGACUUUGACCAAAGAUUGCUCUCCCAGUUUCUCAAAUACCUACAUACAUGCAGCCAUGCAAUGACCCUCCCUUGGUCGACUACUUAAUCGUCGUCUCUGUGGCAUGAUUGAAAAUGCGCAUAGAAACCGGCAAUGAACCCUCCCAGGGCUGUUGACAAUGGACAGGGUUUGAACAUGCACUGCAUGUUUUCUACUGUUCAGUUCUGCCUUGUCGUGUGGAAAUGUUGCAAUUAAACGCAUUUUUGUUUACUUGACUGCUUUACUUAGCACGCACAAGAACAGCCUGGAUUGUCAUCAACACGUUGACUGUUCAUCCCCACGUCACGAAAAACGAUUUUGAAGGUAUUGCUCACUGUUGGUACAAACACGAUUAAUAAAAAUGUAGAUAAUAUGAUGGCUUUUUCAUUGUUUUGAGCAAUGUAAAUGCAUCUCGUCUGUGAUGUUUGCAGAGACCAAUCUGUUCAGUUUGUCCCUGCUAUAUUUACAUGUACCUAAAGGUGCAUCGUUUAAUAUUAAUGAAAAAAACUUCGAAAGAAAAAUAUUUCUUUCAUAUGAUGAUGAUGUCGAUUUGUAAUGCGCAGGUAUCCAUUCAGAAGAAUGCUCAUUGCGCAGAAAAAACAAAAGAAGAAAAAAUAAAGCGAACAAAUAAAACACCAGGAAAGUAAAAAAUAUAGACAGAAGAGCAUGUUCCGACUGUCUUCAAUAUUUGUAUUUUACACAUAAGUUGGUUGUGCUUAGUAAGUUCUAUACUUUGAAUUUGUCUUACUUUUCUAUCCAUAUUUCAGUGAGAUUUUUAGAAAUCUUAAUUUGUGAAUUGUUUUUUUAAAUAUCAGAAGUGACAUAUUUCAAUCUUGUAGCUAAUUAGUGAGGUCUCUGACAACGUUUUUGUAUAAUGUAUAUAUGUUUUUUGUCGUUUCUUAUUUAUUCAUCUAGGGACACAACCAGUUAGUAAUGCGUGUGAGGAAGACAUGGGCCUGACUAUAGGAGAUACUUUAGCGUUGACUGUGAGCAAGGCUGUCUGCCUGUUCAUUCCGCUGUAAAUUUCUUGCCAUAGAAAAUAAAAAGUUGUUCAUUUGUUA